CCAACAAUCUCCGGAGUAGUCUGAAGUUUCUAGAGUACCCUGAGUUGUUCCCCCCCCAACCCAAGCCCUCUCUCCCUUAGCCCAGAAAAGAAUUCUGUCCAAGGCUGCUUCUUUGCUUUUUUCCUCUCCCCACCCCGCAGUCCCCAUCUCUUCCCUUCCCCAGGACUCAACCUUCUUUCAGUUGGGCCAAGACUUCUCUGAGUCUCCCUAGCCACUCCUCACCCCCUCCUCAUCCCUCAGUUCCCCUGAAUGGAGCCAGGGAGAUGUGGUGGGGGGGCCGGGGCCGGAGUUUCAACAUUCCACCACAGAAGGAGCCAGAGAUGGGGCACUUACGACCAAAGUCCAUGCAGGUGAGCCGGAUGGAAGAGCCAAGGAGUCCACAGACUAGUAGUUGCCCAGCUCUUCGAUGCCUUCCAGGGGAAAAGAUCUUGGCUUGGGCACCAGGAGUGAGAAGGGGGCUAGAACCUGAACUGCCUGGGACUCUGAUGUGUACCAACCUGAGAGUAUUAUUCUGCCCCCAAGGCUGGCAAGUGAGACAGGACUCUGUACUGAACAGUGACUAUGAUUUUUCUCUCAGCAACAUUGGACGGUUGGAAGCUGUAAAUGGCCCGGGCAGGCCCCAGAUUCUUCGUCCAGGGUCUCUGCUCAAGUUUAUUCCUGAUGAAAUCCUAAUUCAUGGACGAGACUUUCGGCUUCUGAGAGUUGGCUUUGGAGAUGGAGGACUGGAGCCUCUUGCCUUUAGGGUGGCCAUGGCGAUUGUCCAGGCUAGAAAGCAGAACAGUCAAGCCCAACAUUAUGAAGGAAUGAUUCUGAGCAAAGCUUAUUGUGGUCUGGGCUCCAAUGAGCCACCUGUUCCACUCUUAGAGACUCCUGAGGACUGGGAAGCUGAACGGAGGAGGCAUGGGGCCAGAGGCUGGAGGGUUAGCACAGUAAAUGAGCGGUUCGAUGUAUCUACCAGUCUCCCUCAAUACUUCUGGGUCCCUAGACGGACAUUGGACAGUGAAGUCAGAAAGGCGUUUUCUCACUUCCAUCAGGGCCGUGGACCGCGCCUAUCCUGGCAUCACCCUGGAGGCAGCGAUCUUCUCCGCUCUGGUGGCUUUUAUGAAGCCAGUGAUCCUAACAGGGAGGAUAUCAGGGCAGUGGAGUUACUACUCCAAGCUGGGCAUUCAGAUAUUGUCCUGGUGGAUACUGUGGACGAACUACCCACCCUUGCAGAUAUCCAGCUUGCCCACUUGAGGCUUCGGGCCCUUUGCUUGCCAGAUGCUGCUGUAGCUGAGGAGAAAUGGCUUUCAGCUCUGGAGGGAACAAGAUGGCUGGACCAUGUCAGGUCCUGUCUUCGAAAGGCCAGUGACAUCUCAGUGCUAGUGACUUCCAGGGUCCGCUCUGUAGUCCUUCAAGAACAAGGUGAUCGUGACCUCAACAGCCUCCUCUCUUCACUUGUUCAGCUGCUCUCUGAUCCUGGAGCUCGAACUCUGCAUGGUUUCCAGACCAUUGUCCAACGAGAGUGGGUGGCAUCUGGACAUCCCUUCCUGACCCGUCUGGGAGGGUCUGGGGGAAGUGAGGAGGCCCCAGUGUUCCUUCUUUUCCUUGAUUGCCUCUGGCAGCUGCUCCAUCAGUUCCCAUCAGAGUUUGAAUUCUCUGAGUUUUUCCUCCUGGCCCUUCAUGAUAGUGUCCGGGUUCCUGACACCCCUACUUUCCUGAGAGACACCCCCUGGGAACGAAGAAAGCAGAAUGGGCAGUUCAGCUCUUAUACCCAGGUUUAUACACCAGGAUCUCCUCAGGCUCCUCCAGUUGGAGACCUUGUCCCCCGACCACUGACAGUAUGGGACUGGGGUCUUCGAUAUAGCCAUCAGCAGAUACUACAGUUCUAUAAUCCCUGCUAUGAACCACACCACUGCUCAGAUAUCUGUUCCCCUAGAGAACAGCCAACUUCAGUGACUCCUGGCCCUCCUCGAUCCAUAUUCCUUUUUUCUCGAGGGACUCUGACCCCACUGAACCAGCUUUGUCCUUGGAGGGAUGGUUUUUCCUCACUGAUGUCCUCUUCACGGUGGCUCCCUCGACACAAUGCAUCCUCUGAUAGCCUGGCUGACCAAGAGUGGGGACUCCCUCCUCAUUGGGGGGCCUCCCCUUUGCCUCCGGGGCUUCUGUUACCUGGAUUCCUUGGGCCCCAGAUCAGACUCUGGAGACGCUGCUACCUGAGGGGACGGCCUGAGGUCCAGAGAGGUCUGUCAGCCCCAACAAUCUCUGGACUCUUAGAUGAGUUGGCCCUGCUCCAGGGCCUGCUGAGGACAUGGGCAUCAAGGCCAUCAAGCAGGGAUCAUAUGAAGACCAAAGACCCAGAUACUCCCCUGUCUCCAUCCCGAUGAGAUAUCUGGCCCUCUUCUUCCCUUUGAGCUAGACAGGGCAGAGGAAAACUGCUUCUUAUUCUAGGAUCAUACGUUUCUUUGAUCUGAUAGAUCUUCACUUUGCCUUAACCUCCACCCUCCUCAUUUCCCUGACUACCAAACAAGCUUAACAGGAUUCAACUUAUGUUCUUGCCCUCCCCACAACCUCUAUAUCCAGGAUCAGAUUUUGAUCUGGAAAGAUCUAGUCUUAUUCUAAAAUGAGCGAACUGACUAUUUGGUGUAUUGGGAAGAGCAUAGAACUAAGGCUCAAGAGAGCUGGAUAUUCUUGUCUUGGUUCUGAAAUCACUUUUCAUGAAAAACCUCAUUUUCUUAAUAUGUAAAAUAAUAUUAUUUUGUACCAGGUAUCCCAAGUCUGAUUUAAGCUUUAAUGGCUUAACAUUGCACUAAGACAUUUGGGAUAGUGUGUAUUGACUAGAAUAUGUUUGCAGCUAUUUCCAGCUCUGAAAUAUUAUAAUUCUAGACAAUCCCAACAUUGACACCGGCUCCUUCCUCUAAUUCCCCAGAGGCAGUUUUUUGCUGGAAAUUAUUUUUCUUAUAAUUAUUAUUUGGGGAAUUAACCUGCUUUCUCCUGAGGACCAUCCCCAUCCUUUGAGGGUUUGCAGUUGUGAGGUAUUUGAAGAAGCUGGUUGGGACCCUUACCAACAUGGCCCCACCAACUUCCUCCUAAUUGUCCUGCCUGCCUCUCAUUCUUAAUUUCUAGUUUUUCUCUUUACUGUUGCCCAUGGAAAUAAAUGUAGAAAGGAGAGAAAAGGGGGAAUAGCUCUUACUAUAAGCCACGUACUAGGCUAAGCACUUUUUAAAAAUAUUAUUUAAUUUGAUUCUCAUAACAACCCUGCAGAGUAGAUGCCAUUUUUAUCCUAAUUUUACAGUAGAGGAAACUCAGUUUAAGUGAUUUUCCCAGGGUCACUCACAAAGAUAGUUAAAUGUUUGGAGCCAAAUUUAAAAUCAGCUCUUUCAUAAUCCAGCCCAGCUCAGCCCUCUAUGACCUCUGAGGGGGAUUGGGAGAUAUUCCUCCAUAUCUAAAGUAUUUAUUUGUAGUGGCAUUUACAGAAGCUACAAAUGAACAUUAUUCAUACAAGCUGUGGGUUUUGCUUCUGAAAGAGAAAUGUGGGAAUGAGCAGUAGGUUAAGGCUGGGGAAAGAGAGCUAAAAAAAUCCUGUGCUGUGGGAAUAAUAUACGAGCAGAGAUGUCUUCAUCCAACUGACUGGCCAUUUGUCAUCCAACACCAAAUAUCAAUUUCAGACAAUGGGAAGAAAGGACCAAGUGAAAAUUAUGGCAGGUCUUAAUUACAGGUGGGCCCAUAUACAUGAUAGUACAUGGUCUUGAUUAGAAAGAUUUUUCUGUGACUUUUUAGGGAGUAAUGUAGAAGAGUUUCAAUUGUGUUGGGGGUCAAGUUCAAACUGUGAGGAGUAAGCUAAGAUCUAAAUUCUUGGAGUUUCAAGUCUUAGGUCUCCUGCAAAAUUGAGAAGUUCGUGGGAAAUAGAAAGGGACCAAGCCUUUAGCUGAGGUAAACAAAUGGAAUAGAGUUCUGGAUUGGAUGACAAGGAGUUUAUUCCUUAAAUCCCAAUUUGUAGUCAUGUGCAUUGUUACAGAGGUAGUUUGAUGUGAACAUGAUACACCCCUGGGGACUUGAGAGAAUCCAACCAAAUUACUAAUGGGAUAGUGGAAUGUUUUGAGCUAGCAGUAAGCUAAACUCUUUUCUUCAAGAUGUUUCCCCCGGUUAUUAAUUUUAGUGCCUUCUGAGAUUACCCCCAAUUUAUUCUGUAUAUAAUUUAUUUGUACAUAGUUGUUUGCAUGUUGUCUUCCCAUUCGACUAUGAACUCUUUCUUUGAGAGUCUUUUGUCUUUCUUUAUAUCCUUAACCUUUAGCAUCCUGCUCUGACAUAUAACUGCUUAAUAAAUAAAAUGCUAGUUGAAUGAUUAGGUCAUAUAUAAGCGAUGAAUAUACACAAUGUACCCCAUGUGCAUGUAAUGUUGAAGCUUGACAAUGGAUAGAACGCUGAACUAAGGCAGGAAGACCUUGGUUUGAAUCCUACCCUUGAUACUAGUUGUUGCUCCAUCUUGUAAAUGAAGACGACUACUAGAGGUAGUAGCUUAAAACAAGGCAUUAUUUAAGGCUUACGUGAGGUAAUGUAUGUAAACCUUCAUGUAUGGCAAGUCUUAAAGGGUUACACCAUUAUUCAUUAUGAACUGGGUGACUCUGGGCAAGUCCUCAGUGCUUAAUGGUAGUUACUUUCUCUAGAACUGGGACAGAUGAGCAUUUUUGUGCUUAAGUCUAAGGGACUGAAAAAAAGGUCAAACAGUCCAAAGAGGGAGAGCAUUAACCAAGGGUGUGUGUGUGUGUGAGAGAGAGAGACAGAGACAGAGACAGAGACAGACAGACAGACAAGGUCAGAGGGCUGACCUUUAUAUCUGAUGCUGUAAAGAUGAAUUUAGAGUUGUGACUUAAAAUGUAGAUUUAAUUGGUCACCAGGGGAAAUCCCAAAUAAAAUACCCAAAUCAAUCUGGUAUUUUAUGGUAAUUUAAUUAAUAUAGAGGGAAGAAAUUUAAGGAGGGGGAAAGAGGAUAUAGGAUUUCUCCUACCUGGCCUAUGCCAAGGGGAGUUUUAAACUCCCCACCUCUAGAUUAAUGAAGAAGAUUAGAGACUUCUGAGAAGAAAAAGUUGGAAAGUAAAGGAGGAAAGUUCAGCCAGAAACUCACCAUCGAACUGGACAAUAGCUUAUAAGGCUCAGCACACAGCUCUCAGCUAACUCUUUACCGCCUCUAAAUGUUCACAUUUACCAAUCACAUUAAAGGCUUUUUCUCCAGGACUGCC